CCGCGCGGAGCGCAGCCGGCAGCCAUGGGGAAUCGCGUCGCCCGCGAGGAUUUCGAGUGGGUCUACACGGAGCAGCCCCACACGCAGCGCAGGAAGGAGAUCCUGGCAAAGUAUCCAGAAAUCAAGACUCUGAUGGGACCAGAUCCACAUUUAAAGUGGAUCGUAUCUGGAAUGGUUUUCAUGCAGUUUCUAGCAUGCUACCUGAUGAAAGACUUAUCCUGGAAAUGGAUUUUCUUCUGGGCUUAUGCUUUUGGGGGUUGUAUCAACCAUUCGCUGACCCUAGCCAUCCAUGAUAUUUCACACAACGUUGCCUUUGGGAACAAACAGACCAAGUGGAACCGAUGGUUUGCAGUCUUUGCCAACUUGCCAAUUGGCAUUCCAUAUUCUGCUUCCUUCAAGAAAUACCAUAUUGACCAUCAUCGGUACCUUGGUGGGGACAGCCUGGAUGUGGACAUUCCCACAGACUUUGAAGGCUGGUUCUUCUGCACACCACUUCGGAAACUGCUUUGGCUUUUCCUCCAACCUCUCUUCUACAGUCUGAGACCACUGUAUGUGAAUCCCAAAACAAUUACACGGAUGGAAAUUUUUAACGCUCUUGUCCAGUUUUCUAUAGACCUUAUAAUUUACUACCUCUGGGGGCUCAAACCUAUUAUUUACUUAAUAGCAGGUACAAUUCUCUGCAUGGGUGUACAUCCCAUUUCUGGGCACUUCAUAGCAGAACACUACAUGUUCUUAAAAGGGUAUGAAACAUACUCUUACUAUGGACCUCUGAACUGGCUCACCUUUAAUGUAGGGUACCACAUGGAGCAUCAUGACUUCCCCAGCAUUCCUGGAUGCAGAUUGCCAAUGGUGAAGAAGAUUGCAGCAGAAUAUUACGAUAACCUCCCACAUCACCUGUCCUGGAUUCGAGUUCUGUGGGACUUUGUUUUUGAUGACACUAUUGGUCCUUAUUCAAGGGUUAAGAGACUAUAUGAGCUGGCACAAGAAAGCUAAUGGACUAGUUCCGCCUGCUGCAUUGAUGUUUUGUUUGUCUGUUUGAAUGACUUGAGUUUUCUGCAGAAGCAGAAGGAUGUUUGUGCGUGCUGAAUUAGCAUUGGUGUGUGGUCCUUAGACCAAGAGGAUGAGUGUGAAAAUUGAGAAAUUGGAUGCACUAUUUUAGACUAUUGAUACUUUUCAAUAAAGAGUAUUUGUAUAUGUAGCCCUGAGAAACUAGAUUAGAGUGAGCUAUGAUUAUGUGAACCUUUGGUCUAGGCUUAGAAUUAACUUCCUGGGCCAUGUGUGCCUAUGUCUGAGUUUUGGCCUGGCCUGCAAUGGAGAAUGCUUGGUGCGUGUACGUGUGAGCAUGCACAUGUGUAGUUUAGGACUGGUUUCUCUUCAUGCUAGAUUAGAUGUAGAUGCUCUGCGUGCACAGGAUUCUGAAAGCAGGAAGGACUGGCACGCAGGAGUAAAUGAUACUUUCUAGAGAACGCAAGGGUGCCUUCAGCUCAAUGUCUUGUCUAAUCUAAUAUUUUCUGAUAAACUGGUAGCAAAGAUUUUGUAUAUGCAAUGGAAUAUGUGUAUAUUUUUGUACAUUUAUAUCAUUAUUUUAGUAGUUGUUGUUUGACCUUUAUGCCAGGGCUUUGUCUAAACCAUUUCUGAAUGCAUUUCUAUUCUUAGGAUCUAAUAUUUAGAGUAGCUAACUGUCAGAGCUGAACUGUGGCACGGAGAAACCGUUUCUUUAGUCUUCCACUCACUGCCUGAUCAGCAGUAUGGAUGUGCCCUGUAGGAACAGGGUAGUACUUUAUCACUCACCUUUUCAACAGUAUUCAUAACUUCAUAUUUCUCAUCCUUUUCCCCACUGUAAGUCCUUCUGGGAUUGGAAAGGUUCUUGCCAAGGUUGUUAAUAUUCCGAUUACCUUUCUUGGUCUCCUCUAUAUUAAUCCCCUUUCUGUGCAAAGGAGUUCCGAGUAUGUGUCAGUAAAGCCAUGGAGACAGUAUGGUGAUAUUUGUUUCUACCUGCUUUCAGAGUAAUUGUAACUUUUUUUCUUUGUCAUUCAAGGAGCACUGACUUGAUAUUUGUGAAGCACAUGAUACUCCAGUUAUAUAAAAGUUGCCACUGAUAGUGUUAAGGGGAUAUACCUGGAACAUGGGGCUGGGGUUGUUUCUCUCCCUACAUAUCUUACUUUGUGCUAUUGACAUUAACCUUUACCUGUCAUUUCUACCCACUGGAAUAGUUAAAUCUUCCUGCCUGUCCUCUCCAACUAUAAACUUCUGGCUAUCUUCAAUAAUUCCAUAUCAACAAAACCUUAAUCACUGUACCUUUCUCCAAGCAGAACAGUAUCUUGGGAGUCAGGAGUUCAGAUGCCAUCUACCAACUUCCCUCCACCCUGGAGAGAUAACAACUUAUUUCUGUCCUUACUAAGUGGUUAAAAGAGAGAUCUAUAAUGGUCCUUUUAUACUCUAACCCUCUAACAGUUUGACUUUUUUGUUUUCUUCUGGAAAUCCAUGUUUGUAACAAAGAGGAUUAUUGUGCAUUCUCAUUGGUUCCUCAAAGUAUGCUAUUAGACCUGGAAAGCCUGAUUUCCUCAAUAAACACAAUUUUGUUCCGUUUCAUUUCUUCUUCCUACAGCACUGGUCCAUUUGCUAGCCUGGCACAGCAGGUAGCCAAGCUAGCCUGCUGCAAUUUGGGUUCCUCCUCCUCCUCCAUUUCCCCUUCCAUUUUUCUCACCCAUCUGAUUUUGGCAGUUGGGUAAAUACCUGUUUUCUCAGCAGUGCAAGAUCCUUUGUGAUGCAGGGGCUGAAUACCAGUUCAUUCACAGAUGCUGAUUUGGUCGGUGGGUUGUGCUUCUGGAAGAGGAAGAAUGUGGCUUGUUCAGACACUUCAGCCUUCACUGCUUCUUCAGUAAAGAACAUACUUAACAUGUUAUGUCUUAAUUAUUAAGGCCUCUUUUCUCCUGAAGGAAGAAGCUUUGGUGUGGGAACCUCCAUUGACUUCUUUGUAUCAGUGCUCAUGUCAGAGAGCUUCAGUUUUUUAUUAAUUUAUUUCAAUGUUGCUGGCACUCCACGAUCAUAUAUUCCGGUUUCUGUGUUCUCAGCAAGUUGUUCCUCAACUCUCUUGGCCAGUUUAGCAAGUUAAUAUAAAAACCAUAAUAAAGAUUAUGCUAUCUUCCUCAA